GGCUGUACAUGGCGGUGGAGAGUACAAUUUGGCUGUUCUGUCUUCUUUCGCUGUUUUGUGGUCCAUCCAAGCAAGAAAGGCCUGUUUCGCUGGAGCUGAGCUGUGGGGCUGGUCCGAGCCAUGUAGUGUUGGAGCCAGAUUUGCCCCUCUUGCUGGAAUGUAACCUCGGUGUCAGCGAUGCACCUUUCAAUGUCACCUGGCUUCAGGAUGGCCAUCCUCUGCCUCUGGGUGACUUCCUGCAGAAUUUGGCCAACGGAUCCCUCCUCCUGCUGCCCACCUUUAAGGAUGGCCAACCUCCCCAGGGAAUGGAGGGGGGCUACAGCUGUGUGAGUGCCAGUGCCCUUGGAGCCCUGACCAGUCGGACUAUAAAUGUUCUCCUAGCAAGUCUGUCAAAGUUCCAUCAGGAGCCAUCACCACAAACAGUGCUCGCUGGGGGAGCUGCCCGCUUCGAGUGCCAGAUUGAGGGAGUACCCACACCUGUUAUUACCUGGGAAAAGGACAAAGUGGCUGUACCUGAGGAGACAAGGUUCAUUUCCCUUCCUAACGGGGUGCUCCAGAUUCUGGAGGUGACCAAGGAGGAUGAGGGUGCCUACCGCUGUGUUGCAUCCAACUCUGCCAGGAAGGACAUCAGUCAUGAGGCCAGGCUCACUGUCACCACAGGUUCUACUGAAACUCUGAACAGAGUUGCGAUUGUUGCACCACCUCAGAAUGCAACAGUCGUGCUCGGCCGUCCCGCUGUGAUGGAGUGCAUGGCACAAGGCCAGCCGAAGCCACUGGUGUCCUGGAGCAGACAAGACGGAAAGCCCAUUUCCACAGAUGUGGUUGUCCUCGCCACAAACCUGGUGAUUAGGGACACGAGGCGUCACCAUGCCGGCGUCUAUGUCUGCCGGGCCAACAAGCCCAAGACCAGAGAAUUUGUCAUUGCUGCUGCUGAGCUGCGUGUGCCUGCCCCUCCAGUGAUUCUCCAGCCCCCAGAGACAGCGUCUCUCUCCCGGGGGAACACAGCCAGGUUUGUGUGCAACAGCUCAGGGGAGCCCCCUCCAGUGUUGCUCUGGCUGAAGAACGGCCUGCCCAUCAAGUCUUUCAGACGGGUGAAGACCCAAAGCCCUGGAGUCCUGCUCAUCAACCAGCUGGCCCUGGAGGAUGCGGGCUAUUACCAGUGCAUAGCAGACAAUGGACUGGGCACGGCCUGUGCCACUGCCAAGCUGACGGUCAUUGUGAGGGAAGGUCUGCCCAGCUCUCCUCGCCACCUGUCUGCCACGCCCUACACCAGCACAACUGCCCUGCUCACCUGGGAGAAACCUGAGUACAACUCUGACCAAAUCAUCGGCUACUCUGUGCACUGCCAACGCGCCGCAGGCUUAGAUAAUGUGGAGUACCAAUUUGCAAUGAACAACGACACCACAGAGUAUCAUGUCAAAGAGCUUCUGCCCCAUACUGCCUACACAUUCUUUGUGGUGGCUUACUCUCCCAUGGGUGCCAGUCGCCCAUCCCUGCCUGUCACUGUAGAGAUGCUGGAGGACGUGCCGAGUGCACCUCCUCAGCUGUCUAUAGCCAGCACCUCUCCCACAGACAUCAGGCUGAUGUGGCACCCAUUGUCCUCGCAGCACAGUCGAGGAGCUGUUACCCGCUACCGCAUUGACUACAGCACCCUGGAUCAGGUGGACACUGUGUUCUCAGUGGAAGUGGGGGGUAAUGAGACUCAGUUCACACUAAGAGAGCUGCAGCCCAACCACGCGUACCGACUGAGGAUAGCAGCUGGAACAGGCGUUGGCUUUGGGGUUCCCUCUGAGUGGGCCCAGCACCAAACAUUAGCCCACUACAAUCACAGCAACCACAGCAUGGUGAUCUUUGCCCCUACUGAGCUGAAGGUCAGAGCCAGAGUGAACACACUCAAUGUGACAUGGCAUCUCUCACCCAAUCACACACUGGUGUCUGGCUACAAGCUGUCCUGUCGAGAGGUGGAGGCUGAUGAAUCAGCCACUGGAGAAAGGACAACGCAUACCCACACCAUCAGGCUCCGUAAGAAGGCCAGGUAUCAUCUCCUCACUGGGCUGGCGCCUGACCGGCAGUAUGAGGUGAGGGUUUGGGCUUUCAACAAGCAGGUAGAUGGAGCGGCUGCUGUGUGGAAGGGAAGGACAGACAAGGCCCAUGACAAAACAUCAGCACUGCCCAUGCGACCCCCUCCAUUGCCCCCAAGCAGCAUCCAAGCCACAGCCAACAGCUCCACCUCCAUCUGGCUUCGCUGGGAGAAACCACGGUUCAGCAAUGUGCGCAUCAUCAACUACACAGUGCGCUGCAGCCCAGCGGGAACCACCAACGCCUCCCUGGUCUCUUAUCACACCAGCUCUUCUCAGGAGAUACUGCUCGGGGCGUUGAAGCCCUUCACCCGUUAUGAGCUGGCAGUGCAGUCUAAUGGAGUGGACGUGGUGGGACCCUUCAGUGGCACAGUGGAGGAGUCUACUCUGUCCGACCGGCCCUCCACACCUCCGGAGGAGCUGCAGCUGAGCACACCGGACUCCUCCUCUGUGCUGGUGAGCUGGCGCCCUCCGCUGGAGCCUAACGGUAUUAUCAUCAGCUACAGGAUCUUGUACAGCGGCAACCUCAGCCAGCCUGAGCACUUGUGGGAAAACCUGUCACGGGAUGGGAGCAUUACCAGUGUGGAGGUCCAGGGUUUGUCGAGUGGCACCCGUUACUUUUUUAAGUUGGGAGCUUCUACUGAGGUGGGGCCAGGGCCUUAUUCACCUGUAAAGGAUGUUCACACCCCUCUAGAGAAAUAUGAACUGAAGAUCCAUGCAGUGAUAGGCAUCAUAGUCGGUGUGUGUCUGGGACUGAUAUGCAUCCUCCUCUGCAUGUGCUUCAGCUUUCGUAAUAGCAAAUCCAGGGAGAUGUCAGGUGGCCUGGACUCCACAGCUGUGACCCCUCAGUUCAGGAGAGGAGGCAGCCCCCUUCCCUCGAACCUGCCGGAGUGCAGCGAUAGCCAUGAGCUGGAGACACUGAUGCCCCCAGGCAGCCAAGAGCCUGGUCAGCCACUAGAAGAGGCCCCAGAGGAACAGAGCCUGAUGUCAAGUGUUAGUCCAGAGGAAGAGGAGGAUGCCCCUGCACCUGAACCCAAGGCAGCUUGGAAUGGCUCUGUGAGUCAUAACUGGGCCAACAGAAUCACUAGAUACAGAGACACCAUAACAGAAGACUCUCCGACACUCAUUAAUGGAGCUCUCAACAUGCUAAUUACUGAUAACGGCACGGACUUAAAUCGUCUGUGUACAUCCAUGUGCAGUAACCGGGUGGAGGCAGAAGUCAUCGUUCACUCAGAGCUGGCAGAUCCAGGGACCGAGAAAGAGGAGAAGGGCAGCGUAAAGGAUACUAACACCACCAGGGGACCCUCAUUAUCAGAGGAGAGAUAUUCCCCUUUGAGCCAGCCAACCCCACCAGGAGAGGAGGAUAAUCUAGAAAAACUGGCCCAAAGCCCCUCAAAUCUUCUCUCGAUAAAGUUGGUGGCCAAUCACAACGGGGAGCUAAAAGGCACUGGAGACCAGCCAAACAAAGACUUAGAGCCACAGCAGGACAUGGGGCUAACCAAUGGCUUCCACUCCCCAAAGACCAUGCAGUCUGUACUGAGGGCGGAGCAUCUGGAAAAUGGGGACUCCAGACACUGCCCUUCGGCACCAGGGAAAACUAUCUCUGCCGGGCUGUCCCCUGCCCCCUUUGUCAGCUCCGGCUUUGUCCACUCUACCUCAGCAGCACACAGUUAUCUGUGCCCGUAGCCUCUGCACGUCGGGCAGCGACCCUUACACACACAUACAGUACAGACUGAUCUUCUUUCUUUUACGUACCCAGGAAGAAUCCCUAAAUAUUAUUUUUAUGCACCUCAUAAUCGGAUUCCUUUCUCUUCCUUGCAAAGUUUUUAUAAGUACUUUGAAUCCAUUGUUUCAUACGUGUGUAUAUACAGUAAAUAUAUACAGUAUAUUUUUAGUGGUAGAGUACUGUAUAUGGGUAUGCAUUCUCUGGCAUUGGUACAAUAUUUUCCUCUGGGUUUCCCUCCCAAUGGUUGGAAAGAAAAGAAAGAUUUAACUAACCAAGCAGAUGGAAGUGGACUGAAGGAGGCUAUUCCCACUGUGUCGUACAUGGCUCUGUUCCACUCAGGAAUGAGAAAGCAUGGGAUGUUCCGUGAGUGAGAUGGGCUGUCAUCCUGGAUGUUUGGUUCGGAAGCGCAGUCCCAAUGGGUCUCUCUGGGCUUUGUCUGGUGGAUGCUACUUUACUGUGGCACUGAGGAAUAAGCCUUAAAGAGUAUCUGCACACUCUGAGAAUGCAGAACACCUGUAUCUCUCUCCUGCCUCCUGCUGUCUCAGGGUCCACACAAACACACACACACAGAAAGCUAUAAUAUAACUGAUUCCAAUGGUAUCUCACACAAACUCACAGUCACCCAUGAACACACAUUUACGCACACACAUUUCAUUUCCUGACUGGAGUGUGGAGGUCUCAGGUGCCUAAUUAUCGUAGGUGAAUUUAUAAUCUGUAUA